UUGGUCUCCGAGAUUAAUGUUCUGAACACCAGUCUUCCACCCAACAUCUUCGUCCGACAUGGAGAAUCCCGAUUGGAUGUGAUGAAGUGCGUCAUCAUCGGCCCUGGAGAUACUCCGUAUGAGAAUGGGAUCUUUGAAUUCGACAUCUUCUGUCCCGCGGAGUAUCCGAACGUGCCACCGUUAGUCUCCUUCAAAGGAACAGGAGGUGGAGUACAUGGGAUCAACCCGAACCUUUACGCUGACGGCAAAGUCUGCCUGUCCCUAUUGGGCACCUGGUCGGGAGAGCCUUGGAAGCCGGGGGAAUCGACACUUCUUCAGGUUCUAGUCUCCCUCCAGGCUAUGGUGUUUUGUGAACAGCCAUGGUACAAUGAACCAGGCAGAGAACGCAGCUAUGGCCGCGGCCACGCCAACAGUGCCUCUGAGGCCUACAAUGGCAGGCUUCGCGAGCUGACUGUUCGACUAGCAAUG